AUGAACAUCGGUCACGUGCUCGUGGCCGUCGCGUUAAGACUGGCGCAAAGUGCUGCCGAGUGCCAGAACGCGUGCUCUGGCCAUGGUUUCUGCAACAUGUUCGAUGUGUGCGCGUGCCAACAAGGCUUUAAGGGCGGUGACUGCUCGCAGAUGUUGUGCCCCCAAGGCAAAGCUUGGGGUGUCGUCACGGGCACUGACGUAGCGCACGGCGUCGCCGAGUGCUCGGGGCGAGGGAUCUGCGACCGCUCGACGGGCACUUGCUCGUGCCAGCUUGGUUUUGAAGGCAACGCGUGUCAAUUGUUGGCGUGCGUCGACGACUGCAGCAACCGGGGCCAGUGCCUCACGAUGCAGCAGCUCGCUGCAACACCGCUCGUGGCACUCGACUUGUACAAUCAAGCACCGUACCAAUACUCACCGUACGUGAUGUGGGACGCCGACAUCGUCCGCGGCUGCCUCUGCGAUGUUGGCAGCACCGGCGCCGACUGUAGCCUGAAACAAUGUCAUUUGGGUGACGACCCCAUGACGCCUGGCCAGACCGAGGACGUACAGCUCAUUACCUGUGCAGCAUCGUACCUGCAGCAUCAAGUGACGCUCCGCUACGACGCGGUCAUCUCUCGUGGCACAUUUGUCCUCAACUUUGGUCGUGAGCGCACAGACCCUGUCAACUACAAUGCCGCUGCGACGAAUGCACUGGGCACUUCGAUGACCGAGAUGCUCGAGGCGCUCACAACGAUCGCAGCGGUGACUGUCACGGUGUCUUCGACGCCAACCUCCACGGCAUGGAACGUUGUGUUUCCACUGGGCUCUGCCGACCAACACAUCUUUCGUCCGACGUGGCGCGUUGUGGAAGUGCAACAGUUCUUUUGCGCCGCCGACAGCGGCUACGCGACACUCACGUAUGACACGCAUGUAUUCCCGAGCAUUCCGUUCUCGGCGUCUGCUGCGGACUUGGAAACGCUCCUCGAGUCGCAUGUAAAAGUCGGCGCCGUCACUGUGACCUUCAGCCAGGGUGCGCAACUCUGCAGUCCCCUUGGCAACUACAUUUCGAUCGCGUUUGAUCUCAUGCGGGACCGCAACUACAUUGGAGACCUCCCCGCGCUUACGAUUGACCGCACCAACCAAAACCAGCUCGACGGGCUCAAGUGGGCGGGCAAUGCACCCGUCGUUGACGCUCAAACCAACGAGCUCGUCAAGGGUAUCGACACGUGCCACGUUGUGGAAGUUCAGAGCCUUACUUGCUGCGCCGUCUCGGGCUUCUUUGCCGUCUCGUUUGAAGGAGGCACGGUGAGCAACCUACCGUUCGAUAUGUCGGUGUCCGAUUUAAGAGCGGCCUUGCUCUCGGCCUUUCCUCAGCUCCUCGAUAUCGACGUCGACUACUCGACGGGGUCCAGCGCGUGCUCCCAAGCAGCGCCGGCCAACGUCAUUUCCAUCCGCUUUGCCGUCGUCACCACGAACGGACCACUUGGAAACGGCGCACUCAGCCUCAUGACGGCCGACGUAACAAACGCGGGUGUUUCCGGGCUGGCACACUCGUCGCUGCAUUUGUUGCAGCUGUCGGCCACCGCGACACAAGUCGUGCGCGGGGCCCGUUGCGUGCCGUUGAACGUCGGCUUUGCCGCGCAGCCGACGGCUCAGAUCGUCUCCAACGUGCUCCAAGGCGGAGGGAGCUUCACGAUAUCGUACCGAACCGCCACAACGCUGCCAAUUCCAGCGACCGCAAGCGCCGCCGACGUUACCGCUGCGCUUCUGAAACUGCCGACAUGCGACGGUGUCGAUGUGACGUUUACGAGUGGCGAGGCUUGCAGCACGCCCGCUAACGUACUGCGCCUCAAUUUCACUCAAAAUUUUGGCGCACUGUCGAGUUUAAGUGCAGCACCGACGGCGGGGAGCCCUGUGGUCGUUGCAACCUUCUCCAGAGGAGCAAUUGAGCCAGCGAGCGGGCUGGCGUCCUUGAUUGGCACUAAGGAGAGCUACGAGUGCUCGGGGCGGGGCACGUGUGAUAACCUAGUCACAGGCACAUGCUCGUGCUUCACUGGGUACUUUCCCAUUGACGGCCGAGGCAACCCGGCGUCGACUACCAUGCGACGUGACGAUUGUGGCACGGCGUCCGGGAUGAUCGCCCAUUGCCCAGGGGACCUUCCGUGCAGUGGCCACGGUGUCUGCACGGGCGACCCGUCGUUUCGCUGUCAGUGCGUCAACGGGUGGCGCAAUGGAGACUGCUCCGAGCGUCAAUGUCCAUUUGGGCGCUCGUGGUUUUCGUAUCCCAGCGCGGACAACGUCGCUCACAACGAUUUGGUCGAGUGCAGCAAUGCGGGUCUUUGUGACCGAUCCACGGGUAUUUGUACCUGCCGACCUCCGUUUACGGGUCCCGCGUGCGAGCAGAUGGCAUGCAACGACAUCACGGGCGUCUGCAACAACGGCGGCCAGUGCCUCACGCUAGGCGAAGCUGCUCCGUUGGCCACUGUUAAUGGCGUGCGAGCUGGAUAUACGUACGGCGUGGACCCGAACGACCCGCUGACAUGGGACGCGCACAAGAUUCAAACGUGUGUCUGUGAUCCCUGGCACACGGGUUACGACUGCUCGCUCUUGGACUGCCCCCACGGCGACGACCCCAACACGUACUUGGACGUGAACGAGGUGCAAUACGUGUCGUGCGCUGCGACCGGCGGCUCGUUUGCUCUCACUUUUCGCGAUCAAACGAGUCCUCUCAUCCCGUGGAAUGCCAAUGCGCAAACCGUGGAGGCAGCGCUCAACACUAUCACGUCGGGCGUCUCGGUCACAUUGUAUGGCGGCAGUACAGUCGCGUGCAGUGCCACUGGUGCAGUGAUUGGUAUCACGUACCUCCUCGACUACGGCGGCUUGCCGUGCAUCCUACCAGACAACAGUCUGCUGACACAUGCGGGGAAUGGGAACGGCCUGCCGGGCACAGGAACGCUUGUCGUUGCCUGCGGAGGCGCCGUCAUGGGAGGUUUGACGUCCGUUGUCGGCACCAAGGAGAACGUACUCUGCUCCAACCACGGCUUUUGCGACUACACGACCGGCGCGUGCAUGUGCGAUGCUUUCUUUGCGAGUUCUGACGGUCUCGGCGGCCCCGGCACGCGUGGCGACUGCAGCUAUCGCAAGCCCUUUCAAUGACCUAUAACAAGCCGCAAACACCAAUCGUCGUCUCCG